AUGGAGGCCACAACAAAGUCUGGGAACACGAUCACGCUGGACACGACGCACGACACCGGCUUCGGAUUUCGCCCGGGGGACAUCGUGCACUUCUCGAAGAGCCUGCGGAACGGCAAAGUUGCUCUCAUUCGCGGCAGGGCGGAUGGACUCUUGUGGUUCUCUGUUUUUCGUACUGUAGAGGAGGCGGAGGCGCCGGCGGCGUUGCAGGCCCCGGUGGACACCGCCAGCUGCCGCGCCAAGGAAGAGUUCCUGCGCCAGUUUGGAUGGGUGCUGGAUGCCAAGACAAACCCCGCGGCCCGAGGCGCCGGCGCAGGAGCGAACUGA